CUGCCAAGUUUCAACCAAUCAAAAUCAUGGUUAAUUUUUCCGGCAUGUAACGCCUCCAUUUUGUUUCUCUUUCUUUAUUGGUAAUGAAAGUGCAAUGGCUACAAAUAAUUAUUUUGGAUUUACGCAUGGUGGUACACAAUACGGAGCAACUGGCGCGGCUGCAGCAGCUGCAGCUGCGUACCAGACGGGCCAGACUGGCUAUGCCGUGACUCCCACGGCGGCCACUGCGGCCACCUACACGGCUCAGAGGCCGGGCACUGGCUACGAGGCUGCGUACCAGACAGCCGCCACCCACACCACUCCCGGCACCUACGCCGUUGGUGCUGGUACGGCGGCAGCGGCAGCCACGUAUGACUAUGGCUACGGCCGUGCAGCACAAACUGCUUACGACAGCACUAAGACGUACUACCAGCAGCCGGCGGCUGCUGCUGCAGCUACCUACUCGACCACAGACACUCACUAUCAAGGCUCUGGUUAUCCUUACUCUGCCCCUGCUCCCACUGCAGCUUCGAAGCCGGCCUUCAGCACAACAAGCACAUAUACGGCCACCACAAGGCAGGUUACACCUGCCGCUCCCAAAGUGGCAUCUUACAGCACUGCUUACACCACCCAGGGAACGCAGCAGGGCACCAGCUACACCACCGGCUAUUCGCCUGCCACCGUUCAGACCACCAAUACCACCAAGGCUGCCGCGGCUGCUGCUGCCGCAGCCAACACCACCACGUACUCGGGCUACGAUGCGGCACUGUACAGUGCUGCCACCAUGUACGUGGCCCAGCAGGCCCAGACGGGCACGCCGGGGGCCACGGCCGUCACCGCGGCCCAGACGACGGGCGUGACCAAGCCGGCGGGUGCCUGGAUGGGCUACAAGAAGGGGCCCAUAAUGGGCUUCAAGAUGAGGCCCAAGCAGCCCCCCAAGCCACAGCAACUGCAUUACUGCGAUGUUUGCAAGAUCAGCUGUGCUGGCCCAAUGACGUACCGAGAGCACUUGGAAGGCCAGAAGCACAAGAAGAAAGAAGCGUCCCACAAGGCAGGGGCAGCACCAGUUCCACGUGGUGGGAAUGCUUUGAGGUGCGAAUUGUGUGAUGUGACAUGCACUGGGUCCGAUGCUUAUGCUGCGCACAUUCGUGGUGCUAAACAUCAGAAGGUGGUGAACUUGCACACUAAGUUGGGCAAGCCAAUACCAUCCACUCAGCCUGUUGUUGUGGGUGCGACGAAGGCAAGCACCACAACGACAACUACAGCAACAGCAUCAACAGUCAAGACCAUUAGUACCGUGAAGACUGCUGUCACUACUAAUGCAGCAGCCAAGAAGACUGUCACAUCUGCACCCAAGAUCAAUUUUAUAGCAGCUGGUAAUCUAGGUACUGUUGGAGCUAAUGCAGCCACUAGCACUUCUGAUUCCAAGGAGGUGAAAGAAGAAGCUAUGGAACCAGAGAUUCCCAAUAUUCUUGACAAAGAUGUACAACCAGUUGGCCAGGAUUACAUCGAAGAAAUGAAGAAUGAAGAUGGUAAGGUGAUAAGUUUCAAUUGUAAAUUAUGUGAAUGCCGCUUCAAUGAUCCAAAUGCGAAGGAAAUGCAUAUGAAGGGUCGUCGCCAUCGUUUGCAAUUCAAGAAAAAAGUGAAUCCAGAUUUGGUUGUUGAUGUUAAGCCAUCGACACGGCUGCGGAAAAUUCAGGAAGAGAAGUUGCGUCGUCAACAAAUGAGAGACGAGUAUUGGCGCAGACGUGAUGAAGAAAGGAUGAUUGAAGAAGAAGAGCGCAUAUGGUGGGAAGAGAGGCGAAGGUACGAAGAGGAGAUGGAAUAUUUCGAGUGGUGUCGUAGGGUUGGCAGGGACCCACGCGCAAUGCCACCAAUGCCACCACCACCUAGAGGUUUUCCUCCACCUGGAGUUCCACCCAUGAUGUUCUUCCCCCGUCAGAACAUGAGGAGGCCAGACUCGACUGACGACAGGCAUGUGAUACUGCGCCACACGGAGAUCUAUCCGAAGGAGGAAGAGUUGCAGGCUGUUCAGAGGAUUGUCUCGCACACAGAGAAGGCCUUGAAGUUUGUUUCCGACCACUUGGCCGACAUGGCGGUGGCAGCUGCCAAGGCCGCCGCCAGCAAGACUGUGCCGGGGGCCAAGCCUGCUGCCCCAAAGCCCGGGCCCGCUCCUGUCGGGAAGCCAGGUGGACCCCAGGCUCCUGCAAAGCCUGGGCCGCAGCAAGCUGGAGUUAAGAAUCCUAUUGUUCAACCCACAAAGCCUGGCCAAAAUCCACCCAAGCCACCCGUUCCUCCAAUUGCUAACAAGCCACCUAACACCCCUGCGGGAGCGAGGAUAUCACCAGUGGCUACAUCCACACCCAUCACCAAGCCAGAUGGAACUCCAAUCAAGCAGGAGCCAAGGGAUGAUCCCAAGAAGGAAGAAGGCCGUGAUGGCAUCUUGUUGUCCUUCCAGCGAGACAAGGACGACAGUCUGGUGCCGAGGGUGCUGAAGGGCGUGAUGCGCGUCGGAGUCCUGGCCAAGGGCCUGCUGCUGCACGGAGACACGGCGGUGGAACUGGUAGUGCUGUGCGCAGAGAAGCCAACCAGGACGCUGCUGAACAAGGUUGCCGAAAAUCUUCCCAAACAAUUGCAGGUGGUGUGCCCUGAGGAGACGUACAAGGUUCACCGGAAAGUGGACGAGGCGGCCAUUAUUGUAAUGGGGGUGAAGGAGCCCCACAUUACGGUCACCAUCACUUUGACGUCACCAGUGAUGCGUGAACAGAUGUUGACUCCGCAAGAAGCUUCAGGUGGUGACUCAGUGUCUGUGAGUCAAGCACAAGUGACGAAGGAUCCACCAGAUGUUCUCGACAAGCAGAAAUGUUUGGAUGCCCUGGCAGCUUUGAGGCAUGCCAAGUGGUUCCAGGCUAGAGCAACAGGACUGCCAAGCUGUGUAAUGGUGAUUCGAAUUCUCAGAGACUUGUGUCAGCGAGUCCCCACUUGGGCUCCCUUGCAGACAUGGGCGAUGGAGCUGCUGGUGGAGAAGGUGCUGAGCUCGGUCGGCCAGCCGCUGAGCCCCGGGGAGUCCCUCAGGAGAGUCCUGGAGGCGCUGGCCUCGGGCAUCCUGCUGCCCGGCGGGCCGGGACUGCACGACCCCUGCGAGAAGGACCCCACGGACGCUGCCGGCAACAUGCUGCCCCAGCAGAGCGAGGACAUCACCGCCUCGGCUCAGCAUGCAUUGCGGUUGUUGGCUUACCGUCAGAUACACAAAGUUUUGGGAAUGGAACCAAUACCACCACCAAAGUUUAUCCGUGGUGGUCGUUUCUUCAAUCGCAAGCGUAGGCGUGAUAACAGCAACGGAGAAGGAAAUGAUUCUGAAGCUGGUGAUGGAAAGAAAGACAAGAAAGAUACAGAUGCAGAGAAAAUGGAGACUGAAAAAGUUGGAAAAUAAUAAUCAGAAUGUUUCUCUAAUUAUUUUUAAGUACUUUAUGUAUGUGGCGUUUAAUGUGGUUUAUUUUUAGUGCACACACAUGUGUAGCUUAGAUAUAUUCUCUCCAGUAUAGGUUAUAGAAGUUACAUAGUAUCACAUUAAAAUAUAUAAAUAAUGCUGAAACUGUUUAAAAACAUAUUUUGUGUUUACUGACAAUAUUCUUUUGUUCUAUUUGUAAUUUUUUUUACAGAGCUGUGAUUGACCUGAAUAUGAUUCUUAGGUUUGUGAAUGUUGGCAUUAUAAAUCUUAGUCUUCUAUUUAAUUUUUUAAAAGUUGAUUUUAGACUUUUUUUUCAUGUUCAAGUUGUCUUUUUUAGUUUAAUUUGGGUUGUCACAUUUCUAAAAUUUCCAUUUACAAUACUAUGUGUGCAGGUGUGUAGUGCACAAAACCUGUUUUAGUGCAGGAUUCCCUAUUGUUUCACUUGUUAAUUUAGGGUUGAGAUGUGUAUAUGACGUGAAAUUACUAAGAUGGUGAUGUUUUCUUUCAGAAGUGACUGAAUUUUCCCUUAUGUCAUAAAAAAAAUUUGACUGUUCAAAAAUUUUUUGGAUGUGCUUUAGUCAGUUGUAGCUAUAAUAUUUAUUGUAUUUCACUAAAUAGCAGUUAAUUGUACAUGGGAAAUUAAAUUUCCUGAGUUAAAA